AUGCUGAAGAUGUUCUAUCAGUCUGUUGUGGCCAGUGCUAUCUUCUUCAUUGUCAUGUGCUGGGGUAGUGGGAUGAAGGUCGCAGACACCAACAGACUGAAUAAACCAAUCCGGAGGGCUGGUGAUGCCAUGGGGGAGGAGCUGGACACACUGACGACCGUGGCUGAGAGGAGGAUGCUGUCCAGGCUUCUGUCCUUCUGUGUUCUAUCUUGGACAAUGUCUCACACCCUGUCUACGACACACUGGCCCAGCAGAGGAGCACCUUCAGCAGAAGACUCCUCUCAGCCAGAUGCACCAUGGAGCUCCACAGGAAAUCUUUCCUGCCGGUGGUCAUUAUACUUUACAACACCUCCCUCGGAGAAUUCACAACUCCCCUUGUCGACCAAUCAUAGAUCCAGCUUUGUCAAUGGCACCUGGGAGCCUCAUGGCGUCACUUUCUUCAUCAUUGAGGGCCUUGCCAGCCUUGGCGAGAAAAAGAUUAUAUUUUUUGUCAUUCUGCUUCUGGGUUACAUCACCAUCCUGGGAGGAAACAGCAUGAUCAUUUUUGUGGCGUUGACUGAUCCGAAGCUUAACUCUCCCAUGUAUUUCUUCCUCUACAACCUCUCCUUUGUUGACAUUGUCUACACCACCACCACCAUCCCUCAAAUGCUUGCCGGCUUCCUGACAGACAUGAAUACCAUUUCCUACCCGGGCUGCUUCUUCCAGAUGUAUUUCUUCGCUCAGCUAGCAGUUACCGGCCGUGCCAUGCUGACUGUCAUGGCGUACGACCGCUACGUGGCCAUUUGCAACCCUCUGCGCUACACUGCCAUCAUGACUCGGCCCGUCCGGCUGCUCCUUAUCGCAGGAGCCUGGAGCUUCGGCAUCUGCUGCACACUGCCAGCCAUUUCAAUGUCCUUGCUACGGUCUUACUGUGGCCUGAAUGUGGUAAAACAUGGCUGGUGCGACCCGUCAUCUGUAAGGCGACUGGUGUGCGGUGACACCUCAGUGGAUGGCAUUGUGUCCCUUUCUUUAGCCUUGUUUGCACUACUGACUACAGGAAUCCUCAUCCUCACCUCCUAUGUCCUGAUUGGUGUUACCAUAUCGAAGAUGGGUGUUGCUCAGAGACUGAAGGCGUUCGGGACUUGUGCAGCUCACCUGACUGUCGUGUUCAUCUCUUACAGCUCAGCCUCUUUUGUAUACAUCUCUUACCGUGUGGGAAACUUUUCACCAGAGCUUCGCAUCAUUGUGUCUGUGUUGUAUGCCGCUCUGACUCCUUUCCUAAACCCGAUGAUCUACAGUCUGAGGAACAAGGAGUUGCGAGAGUCCAUCAAAAGGACGCUGGGCAGGUUCAGACCUUCUGCUGUGUUACCCAGAAAUGACAUCGACACAGUGUCCUGA